ACGGGACGGGACGGACAACACAUGUCUAUGAGAAUAUGUGACUGAAUGUGUUAUUCCCGAUUGUACGCGUCUCAGUUAGGAAUAUUUUCAUAACACGAGCGGAAUAAUUCUUGCGUUCAGUGCACUGUUUGCUAUUCGAGGGAUUGGUGUAGAGCGGCUACUCUGCCAAUUUCCUCACCUUUUCAGCAAUAAUACGCUCAUCAGUUUUGUAGAAUAGUGAAGGUUUUGUCACAAAAGUUUUACCACAUGGCAACGUGCUUAAGCUGCUAAAAUCUAGUUGGCAGGCUAGUAGGCUUUCAUUUUGCAGGGUGAAAAACUCAACUAUGUAAAGUGAGCGAAUCGGAUCGGAUCGUGAGAGAAGAAAAGUGUACCCUUAUAGGUUGCAGUGAAAUCAUUAGUUUUAAGACGACACAAAUCGCUCAAGCAAAAUGUCAUCCAGACGAUCGGCUCCUCCUCCGAUGCAACAACUGCAACCACAAAUGUCCAUAUCCUAUGGCGAGCCAGAAAAAAAGCAGCGAAGCAAGUGCAUGUCCUUCGUUUGCUGCAUGUGGAAAGUGUUUACAUGUAUUUUCUCACACGUGACGCUGGUGGCAACGGUUGUGGCGUACUGUUUCCUCGGUGCCUUUACCUUCGAACACUUGGAGGCUGAAAAUGAACGUAAUGUAAAAAAAGGAAUCAGCUCCAUUCGUGUCAACCUCACGGAUGCCAUCUGGAAAAUGACCAACGAUAGACCGGUUUUGCAUCAACAAAAUUGGACUUCUGCUGCAAUUAUGCAUCUACAGUCCUUCGAGAAAGAGAUACUAACUGCCAUGAAGAAGGAUGGUUGGGAUGGAAACGAAGACGUGGACCAAAUCCAGUGGACAUUUUUUGGAGCUCUGUUUUAUUCCAUCAUCGUCAUAACAACAAUCGGAUAUGGUCAUAUAGCUCCCAAAACAUACAUGGGAAAAAUAUCGACUAUCUUCUACGCUAUUUUGGGCAUUCCACUCAUGCUGCUGUGUUUAUCCAACAUUGGCGAUAUUAUGGCUAGCUCCUUCAGAUUCCUUUACUGGCGCGUAUGUUGCUAUGUUUGUACGAGAGAACCUAAGCGGUCCAAUUCCAGACGUAGCCGAAGCAGCCGUGGCACUGUAAGGCAAGGAAGAAGUUCUGUAAGAUCGGGACAACCGGGAGGAACGAAUCUGAGACGUUCGGUACGAAAUUCCCAACGUUCCGCGGAUUCAGGAUUCGAUCCAUACUAUGAGCCUGGCCUAUCGCAUUCAUAUUCCGAUACAGAUUGCAGGUAUAACGCCGCCAUGGAUGAUCCUUACUAUCCCGAAAAUGAUCGAAGUAUGCGGCAACAAGCAAAGUAUGACAACUCAAACCCCAACAGCUCUGGCGGAAUGCGACCACAAAUUAGAGGUCCGCCCAACUCCGAUGCAUUCAUGAACGACGAGUAUAUGGCAGGCUCGCCGCAGGUGAAACGGCCACCGCCAGGACAUUCGCGUGCCGAAGCAAUGGGCCUCGAUCAGUCCCAGCGAUCUUUGCAAAAGCCUAGACAGAUGGAGGGACAAUACCGAAAGCAGCAAGGAAUGCGCGCACAAUCGCUUGAUCGUCGCAUGUUUCGGCAGGAUUCUCAGAUGCUAGACGUGGACGAUGAUUCACCGUGUAAAACGCCAAUACUAUGCAAUAAAUAUGCGCUCGACGACGUUGACGACCAAGACGGAAGACCGACCAGACCUAAUCCACGCAGUCAAUCGAUGCCGCGUCAGACGGGUCGCUACGGCGACCGCUUGAUGCCCGACCGGAUGCCCUACUACACGGAGGACAACGAGAUAGCAGAAAAUAUGCAUACCGUGCGCAAAUCAGCUCCUCAAAGACGUCGUGAGCCGCGGCCCGUGCCAGCGCCAUCGCCACGCAUAAUGUCACCGAUGGGAUUCGCAGUUCAUCGCCAAGCUCGGCAUUUACAAAAUGUGAUCGAUGAUAACUCGCUCUACGAUGACGAAUGGGACAUUCACAGUGGCGAGCUUCCGCCAUCUUCCAUCGUGCGGCCAGUACCGAUUUGGUUGUGCGUUUUUCUAGUCGUUAGUUACAUCAUUGCCGGCGCAUUUAUGUUCUCCGAAUGGGAAGAGUGGAGUUUUCUGGAUUCUGCAUACUUUUGUUUCAUCACACUCACCACUAUCGGUUUUGGAGAUUUUGUUCCGGCACAAGGCGUUAAAAAUGAUUCCGAAAUUUCGAUAGCCCUCUGCUCCCUCUACCUCCUGUUCGGUAUUGCACUCUUGGCCAUGAGCUUCAAUCUGGUACAGGAAGAAGUGAUCUCAAACGUGAAAAGCGUUGCACGACGUCUUGGCAUACUAAAGGAAGAGGAAAUGGACGACUAUCUUCAGCAGUGCUCGAAGUUGCCAACAUUCUGUUCCUUGGGAGUACCCCGUGGCAGUUAUUCCAACUGUCCGAGGCCACGCCGGAUAUCGGAGGAGUUCUUAUCCUUGGAAAUUCCUCGUGGCAGUACUGAAUUAAAAAAAAAACACUACUCAUUAAUCGAAACAAAAAAACUCUUUCGCACCAUGGAACGAAAACGUUCAAUAAGACGUCGACAAAAGCCCCCAUUUGCGGAACGAGCGAAGGAUCAUUGUCGAAAUUUCACGGCAUUUAUGUUCAGCAAUGUAGGAAUUAUAUUUCUCGUAGUGUUAUACAUGAUAGCAGGUGCGUUCAUGUUCAUCGCGAUAGAGGGCAAUGAAGCACUGGAAAGGUUUGCUCAAAUACCGUUUAAGAGGAACGAAACUGCGAUGAGACUGUGGCAAAUUUCUUGCUGUGAAGUGAAUGUGUUCAACAAAAGUGUCUUCGAGGAGAAAGUAGGAAAUGAAAUACGCGCUUAUCAAGAGAAAAUAGUUCUCUGGGCACGGCGAGGCUGGCAGGGCAGCGACAUCACCUUAGAGAGCGAAAGUCCCUGGAGUUUUUCUGGGGCAUUUCUUUACUCGCUAACAGUUAUUACUACGAUAGGUUAUGGUAAUAUCGUCCCUCGUACAGAGUGGGGAAAAAUAGCAACAAUAUUUUAUACAAUUAUCGGCAUGCCCUUAUUUCUGCUCUACCUCUCCAACAUUGGUGAUAUUUUGGCUAAAUCAUUUAAGUGGAUAUAUGCAAAGUUUUGCCUAUGCCGUGUAUGCCCAGGAGUGGCCAGAAGAAGAGCGAUGCGAGCAAGACGACGAGCACGUACGGAAGAGCGAGACUACUCGUCGGAAAUGGGUGAUAAUGGAUUCGACACCAACACCAUCACGACAUCCAAUGUUGAUGAGGAGAUUGAGGAAGAAAUCACUGCCGAGACGAAUACCGUCACUGUUCCAAUAACUAUUUGUAUUAUGAUAAUGAUAGGAUACAUCUUUUUUGGAGCUCGCCUUUUCGCCGACUGGGAAAACUGGGACAUACUUGACGGAAGCUAUUUCUGUUUCAUCUCGCUAAGUAGCAUAGGUUUCGGUGAUAUCGUUCCUGGUGCAUCGUUACAGACCAAGGGUGACACUAAAAUGGAAAUCAGUUUCAUUCUGUGUGCCGUGUACCUGCUGCUCGGUAUGGCGUUGAUUGCCAUGUGCUUCAAUCUGAUGCAGGAACAAGUUAUCUACAAAAUUCGAUCGCUGAAAAAGUGUGUCAGAGGUUGCUUCCGCUGUGCCAAGGCGGUACCGGUACCAGUCGACGAACCUGAAAGCUAAACAUGCAUGCGUUCGACUCGCAUUACCGACUUUCGAGACAAUAAACUAUUCUUCAAGCUAUCAAAGACAUAAUAUACUACGAUAAAACAGUGCCCAGCUAAGACAAGUUUGAGUAAAGUGCUAUAUUUAAUUAAAUGAUUGCUAUUAUUAUGUAAAGCAUAGUGUUUCGCCAGAUUCAUACAUUCCAACACCCUGCAAAAAAUCAAUAAACCUGCAGACGAACACGUCUGCAUUUACGACAAAGCA